UUCUGAAACAGACAUCAUCUUCUUCAACUUUUCAUUAGGGAAGAAGGAGAAGAAGAAGAAGAAGAAAAUGGCUUGGAAGGAACAUGAAUUUAGUAAAACUUAUGUGAUACUAAAGCCGCAUAAUGCAAACCUGUUUGAUCUGUUUCUGUUCUUACUUCCUUUUGGCUUCAAAAAGAGGAAGUUGAUGGAUUGUCCCGACGCCAACGAAGACUCUUACACAAGCUUUGCUGAUCGAUUAAUGAUCUUCGUCUCCUUGCUGUUGCAGAUAUUCAUUCUCACCAUCGCCACCCCGCUCGCUUACUUAGAUGUCUUCCUCCAAAAACUCUUCAACUUCGUCUCCUUCAAUGGUGGCAUUCUGCGCCUUUUCAUCAAGUUGAUGCGAGGAGAGACUUUGGUGCAGCCUGAUAAAAAUUCGCCAGAUUAUACGUCUGUUGUGGGAUUUACAGAUUGGAGAAGAGAUUUGGAUAGCUCCAUAAAACCUAACGACACCUUCAGAUAUUAUAGUGCCCUAACUGUAAUGGCUUCCAAACUGUCCUAUGAAUCCCUUCCUUUUGUCGAAUCCGUCGUGAACGAUCGUUGGAAGAUGAAGUUACUCGGUUACUACGAUUUCUGGAAUGAUUUCCAAAACCGAGCAACGACUCAAGCAUUCAUGUUUCAAAACACAGCCUCAGAUCCAAACAUAAUAGUGGUAGCUUUCAGAGGGACUUCUCCACUGGACGCAUUCGAUUGGCAAGUAAAUGUGGACUUCUCUUGGUACGACAUUCAUGGCGUUGGCCGCAUUCAUAGUGGCUUCAUGAAGGCUCUCGGCCUCCAAAAGCGUAAAGGUUGGCCCAAAGAACUCAUUCCAUCAACAACAACAACAACCCAAUUCGCUUACUACACUCUCCGUCAAAAACUCAUUGACAUUGCCAAAAGCAAUGCCAAUGCAAGGUUCAUCUUCACCGGUCACAGCUUAGGCGCAGCUCUCGCUAUCCUCUUCGUUGCCAUACUUGGCCUUCAUGAUGAGUCAACGGUGCUAGAGAAGCUACAGGCCAUCUACAGUUACGGCCAGCCGAGAGCCGGUGACCGACAUUUUGCAGAGUUUAUGGUAAGCAUCAUCCAAAAAUACAACUUUGAAUAUCACAGAUACGUUUAUUUUAGUGACUUGGUGCCUAGACUUCCCGCUGAUGGCAUCAUUUUCAAAUACAAACACUUCGGCAGCUGCAUCUAUUUUGACAGUCUUUACAGAGGCAGAAUUGUGAAGGAGCAGCCAAACAAGAACUAUUUCUCGUUGCUAUGGCUGGUGCCCAAGUAUCUAAAUGCAUGGUUGGAGCUUAUAAGGAGUUUCGUGAUCCCAUUCGUGAAGGGUUAUGAUUACUAUGAGAGUUUGCCAAUGAAAGGGGUAAGGUUUAUUGGACUGUUUAUUCCAGGGCUCACCGCUCACAGUCCUACGGACUAUGUUAAUUCCACCCGUUUAGGAAAAUUAAACGUACCUCAGGAGAUUCUUGGAAAUGAAGACUACUGCAUAGAACCUGACUACUAAAAAACAUACGAUGAUGAGGAUUAACAUAAAAUUUUCAUCUUCCUUUUACUUGCAUGUUAGUCUAACGUUAAUUUAAAUUCGAUUGCCUUCUAAAGUAGUAGGCAAUGAUAUCAAUGGCCAAUUAUGAUUCUCAA